AUGCCCGGGUCAGACAAGAUCACCAUCUCCAUCGAUCGCGGUGGUACCUUCACUGACGUCCACGCCGUGGUCCCGGGUCGCCCCGACAUCAUCCUCAAACUGCUCUCCGUCGACCCUGGUCACUACCAAGAUGCUCCGACGGAGGGAAUUCGCCAGAUUCUUGAGCUCGUCACGGGCGAGCCACACCCGCGAGGCCAGCCGUUGAAACUCGAUCGCAUUGGAAGCUUACGUAUGGGAACCACAGUCGCUACAAAUGCGCUGCUGGAGCGUAAGGGAGCGCGGUCCGUGCUCCUCACCACCAAAGGCUUCCGUGACCUGCUGAAAAUUGGCGACCAAUCACGACCAAAUAUCUUCGAUCUCUCAAUGGCUAGACCCGGAGUAUUGCCUGAGCAAGUGGUGGAAAUUAAUGAGCGUGUCGUACCAUGCCACCCCCUCGCCGACAAAGAUU